GCCCUUCUCUUCUUUAAUUAACUGUGAGGGUUACAUCCUUGAAGGUCAGUGGUAUCUAUCUCUGUGAUUCAAACACGUUUUGUUUUCAAACUUGAAACCAUAUAAAUGAGAGCAUACAUUUGUGGAAUUAUUGAUUUGAGCUGAAAAUUGAUCACUACUUGACCUCUCCUAUUGAUCAUCUUGAGAAAAAGAAAAUACUUUCUCAGAAAUGGUGAGAUCUCCCUUCUUUGACAAAAAUGGACUCAAGAAAGGUGCUUGGAGUCCUGAAGAAGACUACAAGUUAAGAACUUAUAUUGUGAGAUAUGGUCAUUGGAACUGGCGUGAGCUUCCCAAGUUUGCAGGACUACAAAGAUGCGGCAAGAGUUGCAGACUAAGAUGGAUGAACUAUCUUCGUCCAGGCGUAAAACAUGGAAAAUACUCCAAAGAAGAAGAGGAUUUAAUCAUCAAAUUACAUAAUCAAUUAGGGAAUAAAUGGUCAAGAAUUGCUGCAGAAUUACCAGGAAGAACAGACAAUGAGAUUAAAAAUCACUGGCACACCCAUCUGAAGAAACGCUCAAAGGAAAGCCAAAGAGAAUCUGGGUUGAAAGAAAAAUACUCAAUUGAGCAAUCAAGUGAAACUUCCCAAUUGAAUGGGGAUCUGAAAGUUGAGAGUUUUGUCCCAAAUACUCCUUCACACGCUAUAUUGGAAAGCUUCCCAUUAUCCCCAGCGCCUUCUUCUAGCGAAAUUUCCCACUGGACCUCAGAUUCUAAUCUGGCUACACUAUCUAGUACUAGUACAAGUUCAGACUGGAUUGCAGCAGAAGAUAGCCUCCCUUCAUUUGAAACAUUUGAAAAUACAAGCGAAGAUUUCUGGACCCAACCAUUUGUUGCAGACCAAGAUGGUUAUAAAUUCCCAAUGCUAGAUGAGGGACUUAUAUCUUCAUUUUUGACAAGCUAUGAAGAUAGUAUAGAUUUGUUCUACAAGGUGAUGCAAGAACUUCCAGGGAAUUAAAUAGUUCAGGCUUUCAUCUCCCUUGUGAUCUUGGAAGAUAUUUUGUAAAUGUUAUUGUGCACGCUUCCGCGGAACGAAAGGAAUUGAAUAAUCCAUUCAAGACAUCACCAUGAGAAGGUUAUGUAACAGUUCGAUAUGUAUGCAUAUGAUAAUAGGCGUAAUUGAAGGGAUUUCUUUAUAAAAUUUUGAUUGAAAGUUGAUAGCAACAAAAGCGCCCAGUAUGGUUAAAGUCAUGCAACAUUAAUUAGAAGCACUUUUCUUUCCUCCAAUUCAUAAAAGCAGAUACCCAGUUGUCAAAAUAGCUUUACAUACAGAUUUUUUUUUUUUUUUUUUUUUUU